AUGAAGAUCUAUCGACUCCUUGACACGGCUGUUGGAUGCCAAAACUGCCAAGAAGACACAAUUCAAAGCUUUGUUCGUAAGGACGUAAAUUCUUUUCGCCCACCUUCUCCAGAGGACGAUGAAAUGGAUUCGGCUAUCGAUGUUCCCGUCUCCACCCCAGAAAAUCCUGUAUCCUUUCUAGGCCUCCGUUCUCCUUCUUUGUCGCCGCCAAAUCAAAAGAUCCCUCCUCCUCUCACUCGAAAGGAGGAUUUGUUGCUUGACAACGCUGACUUAUGGGAACAAUUCUACAAGGUGGAUAACGAAAUGAUUAUAACAAAAUCGGGAAGAUGUAUUUUUCCUUUGCUAAAGUUCAACCCCGUGAGUCUUGAUUCGACUGCUCGGUACACCUUUGUUCUGGACUUCACUCAGGUGUCCCCGAGUCGGUAUCGCUUUAAAAAGGGCGAUUGGGUUUCCAUCGGCAUUGACAAACGGAAAUUCUCUACGAGCAGUAAAAAUGGGAAGCCGAUAAGGAAUGGUAAGGUCGAUGGUCGACCUUAUACACAUCCGGAUUCUCCUCAAUCGGGAGCGUAUUGGGCGCGCUUCGGUGUGUUCUUUCCAAAAAUUAAGCUUACCAAUCGUCCACGUCAUAACCUAUCGUCCUGCAAAUCGGGAAAACGCGGUCCACGGGUCAAUGGAGAGAAUGAAAGCGCAUACGACCUUCCUGAUGGUCACUUUUGUUUGACCUCCUUUCACAAGUAUCAACCUCGUGUGAGAAUGAUAAAACAUUCCUCCUCAACAUCCCGAGAAGACAAAGAAUUGAUCUUCACCUUUCGAGAGACUACAUUCAUUGCAGUCACUCACUAUCAAAAUGACGCGGUGAACACACUCAAGAAGAAUUAUAAUCCUCACGCGAAAGGCUUCAAGGAUAUGGAAAAUCAUUGCCCGAUCGGGGGAUACUCGGAAGAGUCGGAUAACGAAGUUGAUAGUAACGGAAAGAUUUCCCCUCAGGGAGAAACAACACCAACACCUUCUCACUUCGCCACUUCUCCAAGUCAAUCAACAAGUGACUUGACUUUGGACCAUUCAACCUUGAUGUCGAUCAAUGAACCUCCCGAAUUCUCUAAUCGCACUGGACCAAAUGGUUUGAGACGGUCAUCGACCAAAGGAUCUCCGCCACGUCAAGUUACCAUCAAUGAUCCGGGUAAUCGCGUAAAAGUUGUGAAGAACAUCCCUUUGGCAACGAACCAGAAGCAAAAAGUCGAGGCACCACCUCCCAUUGCCAUUCCCAUCGGAGGCAGUUUGUUGGAUGUGCGCUCAAGCCCCAACCCAACUACGAAUUUUACCGCGGAAGGCACACCAAGGUUUAACGGGUCAACCCUCACGUUACCCGAAGGCAUGGUCGUCCAAGGUCUUCACACGCCCAUCACUCCUUUCGGAUCCAUCGUUUCCGCCAACGAAUUUCCUUGGGAUCGUAGUCCCCCCUUUGAUAACGAAAGAAGCGAGAAUAUCUCAACACUUGAUUUAAAGUCCAAGCAGUUGAAUUUUCAUGCAUCACCCGUGACACCUGUCACACCGGAGAACGAUUACUUCUCAACCUCAGCCUCGACCAAUGUCUACACGUGCCGUCUCAAACACGCAGAGAAUGAAAAUAGGAAAUUGAGGGAGUUUAUUCGGGAAAGGUAUGGCGCAGAGGCCGAAAAGGAAGCUGAUGUGGUGGUCGCUUUUGGAAGCAAUGAUGAAUCACACUAG